AAAUUUAUUCAUUUGGUUAAAACAACAUUGAAAAAAAGAGAGUAGUAGCACAAAGGGGGAUAAUUACAAGUGAUUAAGAAUCCGAAUCCGAUUUACUAUUUUUUCUAAAUUUUUCAAAAAAUAAAAAAAUAAAAAAAUUUCCCAAUUGGCUACGCAACGACGCCAUUGCAACAGCGGCGUCAGUUUUUGCAUUUUCUUUUGCUUCGCCCAAAAAGAUUCUGAUCUCAUCCAAUCACAAAUCCCAUCUCUUUCUCUGCUCUUUUCUGUUUGUAUUUUGUAGUUUUCAAAUGGACGAGGUGAUCACGGCCUCUGAUGCCUCAUCGAGCUUCGGAUCGGCCAAAUCUCAGUCGUCAAUCAUUCCCUCCAACCUCCCUUUGCUCUCUGCUUUCCUCUCCUUUGCUUUCGCUCAGUUUCUCAAGCUCUUCACCACCUGAACGGUCUUCAUACUCUGUGUCAAGGCAAGCUAUCUUUCAGAUUCUCAAGAUUGACAUAUCAGAAAUAUCAGAAAGGUUUAAGGAGAAGAGAUGGGAUUCCAGACGGAUGCUUGGAUCAGGAGGAAUGCCCUCUUCACAUUCAGCUACUGUAACAGCACUUGCAGUUGCUAUUGGCUUACAGGAAGGAACUGGAGGACCGGCUUUUGCCCUUGCAGUGGUUUUGGCAUGUGUUGUAAUGUAUGAUGCUUCUGGUGUGAGACUCCAUGCUGGUCGACAAGCUGAAUUACUAAAUCAAAUAGUGUGUGAGCUGCCUCCGGAACACCCUGUCUCUAGUGUCAGACCGCUACGAGAUUCACUUGGUCAUACCCCGCUGCAGGUGGUUGCUGGUGCUGUGUUGGGAUGUUUAGUAGCAAUCCUUAUGAAGAAUUCCAAUUAGUGGAUGCUAAAAUGAAUGACAGGUCACAGGCUCCAGAUAGAGUGAAAGCAUUUGUUCGAAGAACGCAAUUGAUAAGUGAUACAUAGUUCCUGUAGAAUCGAAUUGGAAAAAAAAGAUACCGAAAUUUGUUUUGUAAUGUCUUAGAUCCACUCGGCCAAAAAGUAUGUAUAAAUUAGCUCAUCCCAGCUGACCAUUUGCUUUGCUUAUUAUAUUUUAGGCUGACACUCAGAACUGCAAAGAUGUAAUUAGAAAUGAGAUCUGGGAGGCAACCAUUGUUAAAUUUGAUGAUUUGUUCUGUUUAUUUGAAAGUGUCAAUAGAACUGAACUUUGUUUGGAAAGAAA